UUAGAGCUCAGACCACAACUUCCCCUCUUGGCUGUGAGGUAUGUGACACUCAAUUCUUCACUAGAACUCUGAGGAGAAAGCAGCCACAAGUCGUUUCGUUUCUUUGCUGCGAGUGGCCGGUCGUCGUGUUGAUCAUCGUUACCAUGGCUGUGCAGGGCAGGAGCCCCUUACUCGUGGCAAUUCCACUGUGGAUGUGUUUUGGAAGAGCUGCUGCUCUCGCAGAGCCGCACAUCUGUUACGUGCUGGAUGGCAUUCUGUUUUUGUACGGGAUCAUCUUGACAGCUCUCUACUGCAGAGCCAAGAUUCUCAAUGCUAGAGAGGAAAUGGAGGAUGGGAAAGGAAAAAAGGGCGGUGAUGAGGGCAUCUACACGGGUCUGACCCCUCAUGCCACAGACACAUAUGAAACUAUCGGCAUGAAGAAGUGAUCACAUCAACACAUGACGGAGAGUUAACUCUCGUUUCUUUUAUAUUUAAAUAUUGCACAUUAUCCUGCUUUUGAGAAUUUGGAGAAUUUAUAUCACGUAGAGUUGGAGAAGUCAGAAAUAGAGAAGUUGAGCCCAAGACAGUUUUUGUGGAAAUGCUCUGCCCUUUGUGUAUAAGAAAGCUGCACUGCUGUCUCACAUAUUUAAUGUUUAUGCUAAUAUAUUUUUUUAUAAGAGUAUAAGAGCUUUAGAGGGUUUCAUAUGUGUGAAUUAAAACACGAAAAUGUGCUUUGUCCGCUUCAUGACAAACCAGUUGAAAGCGAUUCUAUUAAGGACUCUUGCCAUCCGCUGUCUUCCUCUUUUCAUCUGUUUCAGAGUCACUUUGGUGUAAAUAUGCAUGACUGGACUUUAGUGUUUGGUUUUGAUCUUUUUAGUUGCUAUAAUAAACAGGAAGUAGGGGUUAGGGUUUCUGGAGAACUCUGUAAGUAUCAUCAUUCUGGGUUUAAUAGUAAAACGGAGCUGAAAACUCAUCCAACAUGCUGAUCCUUGAGCUAAAAUGAGAAGUAUUUCUUGUACACCACAGGAUGGCAGUGAUGGUGUCACUGAUCCAACUCUUAAAACUUCUUGCUCCCACCAAAAACACACUCACACACCUGCCGCAUGUUCAGUGUGCUUGAUUUUAUUUCUUUUGGUGGGAAAGUGUUGACUGAUAAACCGCCACUUAUCAGCCUCUAACAUCAGCAUACUCAGUUUCCAUAGCCUGCUCUCAUAUACAGUGUGUUUAUCAUUCAGUUUUCAACCAUUUUAACCCUUAGAGACCUAGAACCAUUUCUGCAGUACCUGACCUCUACUAGUUUAUUUAGCCUUUCUUAAAUAUUUCUAUGUCAGAAUCGGGAGCUAAACCUCAAUUUCAUCCAUUUCCUUUAACCCAUAAAGACCCAGUACUUCUUUUGUGGCAGUUGUCAAGUGAAUUUUUCCUCUAUUUCUACCUUACUGAACUGAUUUACCACCAAUUUUCUUUAUUAUUAUUAUUAUUAUUAUUAUUAUUAUUAUUAUUAUAAUACUAUCCUCUGUAUUUUGCUUUUUUUUGGUAUAAAUCUUGUAUUUUCUUAUAUUUAAUUCACAGAUCAUGUAGAUGUUCAUGAAAAC